UGGUAGUGUACUGUAACUAUAUUUAUGUAAUUACACCCCACCUGAUCUCUUCCAGUUUUCAUCAAUCAGUUUCUUCCUCCUUCUAAGUUAGAGAGAGAAAGUGCAGCUAGCCCAAGUCGAGACUGACAGCAGAGCCUCAAUCCUUUUCUUUCCACUGUCUCAGCUGGAUUUCUAAACCAAUCAAAAAAACUAAUAAUCAUAAAAGAAUUAAAACAAGAAGAGAUUAUAUUAUGAUGUACUACCAAGGAAUUGAAGGUGAGACACUUUAUCUAAUGAACCCUAAUUACAUAGACACCCAACCCCAAUCCAACAUGCUCCUAUCCAAUCCCCACGCGCCGCCACAUCAGCAAGAGAUCUCCGCCCACCUCUACAGCAUGUGGGGCGGUGGGAACAAUAAUAUUAAUCCUCGAGGCCUCUCCCUCAGCGAUCAUGAUUUUCCGGCGGCUGUGAAUAAUUCUUCCAACACUAUUAUGAUCACCGGCUCCAAAUACCUAAAGGCCGCUCAGGAGCUUCUAGAUGAAGUGGUCAGCGUUGGUAACAACGAUAAGGCCAAACCGAUCAAAGAACCGGCCACCGUCACAAAUAAGGAAGCUACGUCUGCUAACAAAGGCGGCGCCGAUCUCACUACAGCUCAGAGACAGGAGAUUCAGAUGAAGAAAGCUAAACUACAUAACAUGUUGGAUGAGGUGGAGCAAAGAUGCAGACAGUAUCACCAGCAAAUGCAGAUGAAAGUAGAUGCAUUCGAGCAGGCCGCAGGGAUGGGAUCAGCGCGUUCCUACACGCAGGUGGCCAUGAACACAAUCUUGAAGCAAUUCAGGUGCUUGAAAUCCACGAUUUCUUCACAGAUGAAGGCUUUGAAUAAGAGCUUGGGCGAGGUCCAAGGUUCGGAGGUGUCAAGGCUGAGGUUUGUGGCGGGGAUGGGGCGGAACAAUGCGUGGAGACAGCAAAGAGGACUACCUGAGAAAGCUGUCUCGGUGCUUCGUGCUUGGCUCUUUCAACACUUUCUUCAUCCGUAUCCUAAGGAUUCGGAUAAGCAAAUGCUAGCUAAGCAAACAGGGCUUACCAGGAGUCAGGUGUCAAAUUGGUUCAUAAACGCCCGAGUUCGGCUGUGGAAGCCCAUGGUUGAGGAGAUGUACCUCCAAGAAACCAACAACCAAUCCUCCACCACCACCACCACCACUGCCGACCAGAAACCGCCUGAAAACAUCAACAUGAGUUAUGGGAUCGGAGAGAAGCUGUUCGAACAGGGGAGCAGUUUCUCUCUCUCUCUCUCUAGGGCUCCCGCCCUCUCAACGGAGCUUCCAGUUUGGGACAGAGAUGAUCGAUUGGAAGCCGGAUUUCGUCACCUCAACACCUCUCGAUUAACUAGUUAGUUAUACACUCCAUAUAAAUCUUUAAUUAAUUGUCCAACAUUGUAGAUAUGUAUGAUUAUAAAAGAGCUGUUUGUUGAGUUA